AUGGCUGAGGACACAUCUUUGCAAGAAGAUGCAGGGGGAAGGGACCGAGGGGAAGACGAUCAGAUCAAAGAGCACAGCAGCCCCACGCUCCGAAAUGAGGAGCCAGAUAGUGGAUUAAUCAGGGCGGGCUCCGUGAUCAGUGGGGACAUCUGUGGAGACUCAGCCAUGAAAGGGGAGAAAAACACCCACUCCUUGAGCACUAGUUCCAAUGCCACUUUCUAUUUGUCUGUCCUAGGUGAGCUGUUCCUGCUUUUGAGCCUGGUUUGCCUACUCCAAGGGGCAUGUGGCUGCCCGGAGAAGUGCCGCUGUCACUCAUCUUCACGUUUUGUAGACUGCAGCCGACAGCGUCUGGCAGAAGUCCCUUCUGAUUUGCCUCCUCAGACUCUAACGCUGCACUUACAAGAUAACCAGAUACACCAACUUCCUGCUUUUGCAUUUAGGUCAGUGCCCCAGCUCAUGACCUUAAACUUGGCCAACAAUUCUCUUUCAAAUCUGGUCUCUGGAGCUUUCCAUGGACUUCAGCACUUGGAGGUUUUAAACCUAACCCAUAACUCCUUGCUUUCCCUGGACAGCACACUUAGCCAUUCCCUUCCACAGCUGAGGGAGCUUGAUUUGUCGUCAAACUACAUAAGCCACCUUCCCACAUCCUUGGGCGAAACUUGGGAGAACUUAACCACAUUUGCAGUUCGACAAAACCGGCUUCAGCAUCUUGAUCGAGCACUCCUGGAGUCCAUGCCCCGUGUGAGGCUUUUAUAUCUCAAGGACAACCUCUGGAAAUGCAAUUGCAGCUUGCUUGGGCUUAAGCUGUGGCUGGAGAAAUUUAUCUAUAAAGGAGGAACAACAGAUGGCAUCGUUUGUGGGUCACCCGACCCCUGGAAAGGAGAGAAACUCCUUACGAUCCCUCACGAGCUGUACCGGCCCUGCCCGCCGCCUUCUCCUGACCCUGUGUCCUCACAGGCCCAGCAGCCCGGCUCUGCCCACAGGGUGGCCCUGAUGCCCACCGAGAUCCACAGCUCUGAGUGUGAGCUCAAACCCAAGCCAAGGCCGGCCAACCUGCGUCACGCCAUCGCCACCAUCGUGAUCACGGGGGUCGUGUGUGGCAUCGUGUGUCUCAUGAUGCUGGCGGCUGCCGUCUACGGCUGCACCUACGCGGCUAUUACCGCCCAGUAUCACGGGAAGUCCUCGGCUCAAUCCAAUGAGCCUGGGAAGACAGCAGGGAAAGAGCUGUUUGACAGCUCACCUGCUUGA